GCGAGCCUUCGCGUCCGUCGGCGGCCCCCCCUCCCUCCCAAAAAAUAAGACCAUAAAAAACGAAGUAAAGCGAAGCAGUACUAACGAACCCACGCAACACGCGAGUCAACGGACCAGCGAGCAUUUAUUUCUCACCGCUCGCUGGACAACCUCGCGAGAUUCGUGAAAUUUAAUAUUAUUAAAUACAAUAACGGAGUACGAGAAAAAAUUUAAAAAAAAAAACAAAAAACAAAAAACAAAAAGAAAAAAAAAUAAAAAGGAACAUUGUGAUUCGAAUAUUUGAUGUGCACGAAUAAAUACUUCGAUAUUGGUGUCAUCGAGCUUGACGAUCAAAUAUAUUUCUGAGAAUGAAAAGACACACACUCCUUUUUUUCCAGUUCACUAUUCGUUAUACCUGGUAAUUAAAGCUCGUGAGAAACCUUUGGGCGAUACCGAAUCGCUGGGAGUGUGUGCAACACGUUAUUAAAGUCGGAAACAACAAAAGGAGAUCGGAGCAGGGACAAGAGGCGGGAUCGAUUCCUAAGGGUUUUUUUUUGUGUUCAUUGGCGUGUAACAGACCCGGUCCUCGGGGUAUGAAGAAUUAAUAAUAAGGAGCGAAUAAAACAAAGAAGGAAGACGAAGCAAGGAAUCCUCGGUUAAGCGUAAAUCUCGUGAUGCGGUGAUGGCUCUGUUGUACAGAUUCGCGCAGCUGCCGGAUCGCGGUGGCACGCGAGUCUUCUCAUUCGUCGUGACGAGAAGCGUCGUCCGCGAUCCUGAAAGAGACGUCACCAGCAAGGAACUCGUUUGCGGCUUUCAAAAAUGGGCUGUCGCGUUUUCACGAGGCGACAAGGUACUGGGGGUCUACCUGGUGUGGCGUGGUGCAGCUCGCGGUUUGCGGGUGUACGUCGACUUCACGUUUACGCUUUUGAAUCGAGAGCACUUUUCGACGAACGAGGGUUUCUCGGGGAAGCGAGUAAAGUUCACGUACGACGCGCCCGCCCAGGGCAACCGAAAUUACAUACCGGUUUCGGAUUUGUACAGUAGAAACUUCGCGGAUCCAAACGGGGAGUUUCAAUUGGAGCUUUCAAUGGCGAACGUGCGAACGGUAUUUACGGCGGAGGUACCGAUGCCGACAGGAGUAUUUACAGCGGGUCAAGCGAAAGGAAACAAGCUGGAAACUGGUUACUUUACGUUCGGUGGUUUCGACUGGAACGUGGUGAUAUAUCCGCAGGGUAACAAAGAGGGGGAGGCGCGUUCGGACAACAGACUGAGCGUUUAUCUGGUGAGACUAACGGGUUUCGACCACCGUUGCCGGGUGAGGUACAGCGUGGCGCUCGGCGACGGUGAGAGGAGAAUCGAAUCGGGUCAAAUCGAGGAUCUUUCGGAUGCGGAGGGUCGGGGUUUCGGUUGGCAUCCCCGGGUGCGUUGGUCGAGUUUGGCACACAAAGGAAUACUCCGAGUCUCCUUGGAGAUGAUCGAAGCCCGUACGAUAUCGGAAGUGGCUGUCCAGGCGGUGGGCACAUCGACGCUUUCGGCGGCUCCUUGUUACGAUCGGGACAAACAAGCGUGGGCGAUAAGGGCCGAUUUGCACUCGGACACGUUGCGGCUCCAGCUCGUUUACAAAGACAUCCACAACGUGCCACGGAAUCAUUUGAGAUACGUCAGUUGGUCGGCUUAUUUGAUGCGCGGGGAGGACCCGGACGCGGAAGCGAUAAGCCUCCCGGGUGCCCCGUUCAGUCGCUAUUACGUUCAGGAACAGGCUGACGAGGGCAUUAUAAUGGAAACGAAUCUCGGUAUGAACGAGGUCAAGACAGAUCACUGUCCGUUUAUCACGGACAAGGGCCAGCUGAGGAUUCGCAUCGAAUGGAACGAGAGUCACCUCUUGUUCCAAGCAACCUAUCACAAAUACGACGAUGUCUGCCGCAUCCACAAUCAACAAAUGAGACGCGAGAUCGCUGCCCUCCAAGCCGAAAACUACAGCCUCGAACGACAGUUGUUUAGCUACCAAAAGAGUCUGGCUUACGCCCAAGCUCAGCAGCAACAGGAGGCUGGCACGGGUCCCGUUGCCGGGCAACCCGGACCUGUGCACUCUUCGCACUCGUCUCAUCUCGAACGCUCAGCCUCGACCGACACCGAAUACGCCUGA